AUGACUCGAACUCUUCUAACAGUUCUUUUCUUUGUUCUCAUUUCGAAAGCAUACUCUGACUGCUAUUUUGCAUUUCUUCAAGCAUCGGGUGCGUGCUCUUCUGAUUCCGAUUGUGGUGGAUCUCCAUGUGUGAUGGAUGUCAAGUCUGGAAGUCAUGUUUGCUGUAAACCAAAAGCUGGAACAACAGCUCCAAAAUGCCCCGGUGGUAUGACGUACUCUGGCAUUCCUGUUCUUUGUGACCCAGCUGAUGGAGAUGAUGGUUGUCCAGCUGGAUCAACUUGCAGCGCUAGUUCAACAGACUUCACAAAAGAUUCUGCUUCCCCAAACUCACUCUGCUGCAAACCCUAA